AUGGCAUGUGACAAACCAUGGUUCGAUCACCUAGUGGAUCGUACUGGCGAUUAUUUCUGUUGGGGACUCGUUGGCGGGUCGGCUGUUGACAUGUUGAAAGGUAUGUGCAACUCCCUUAAAGGGGAGCGCCUCAUCUGGGGCUCGCAAGCUGUACGCAUGAGCGCAGCCUGUGCUAGCCACUGUGCCGCCUAUGGUGGUCUUUGUUCUGUCCUCAAGAGUUCUAUGAUAUAUGUAAGGCAGAAGGAUGAUCCAUGGAAUUCCAUCCUCCCUGAGGCUGCUGCCGCCGGAUUCCUCCAGAUACGCCAAGGCCUUGGCCCGGCUUCACGCACGGCUCUCAUUUUUGGCUUGGGAAUGUCACUAGUUCAGGGUUAUUUGAUUGUGGAAAAUAAGCUCAAGAGUAAUGUCGAGUCGCCACAGCCCGACUUUGAGGAGUUGGAUAAGAAGCAAAAGAGGGGAGGAAUAAAGACAUAG